AUGAGAAAAAUACUUCGUCUUCAUAUCACUCAAGCUGCCUCAGAGACUAGAUACAAAGAGAGCGAUGAAGAUUCAUCUACCAGUGAAGACAGUGAAAUUGAGGAGCUAGUCAUGACACUCAUAUCAAUCAAGAAAAAGCGAUACUUAGCGGAAAGAGUUCGACUUGAACGAGCCCCAGACAUCACCAAAUAUCUCUUCCGUCUCGACACUGGCCGGUUCAAGCAGGAAUUCCGGAUGUCUCAAGAUUCCUUCUAUCAGCUGCUAGAUCUGAUCAAAGACAACUCGGUUUUCCAUAAUAACUCCAACGUUCCCCAGCGACCUGUCCGAGAUCAACUCAUGGUAACCCUACGGCAAACGGGAAUGUCGGGAAACGGGUCGUCUGUUGGGGUCCUCGCACGUUUUUUCAGGAUUUUGGAGGGCACCGUCAUCUUAUACUGCUCACGUGUGGUUGAAGCAAUCUUAGCUUUAGAAAGUACAUAUGUUGUUUGGCCAAACCACGAAGCACGAGAAGCAAUUGCUUCUGAUAUAGCCGAUUCAACUGGAUUCAAACAAUGUGUUGGCUUCAUUGAUGGAACUCUGCUUCCGUUGGAUGAGAAGCCCUCCAUUGAUGCUCAAGAUUACUACUCUUGA